AGGGUGACACAAGACAUGGGAGCACAUGAACAUGGAGACACAGGAACACGCUGACAUGGCUGCUCAUGGACAUGACAGUGACAAGGACAUGGGGACAUGGCUGCUCACAGACAUGGCCACACAAUGGCAGAGACAUGGGGACACAGGGACACAUCUAUCCAUCCAACAGUCCCUGCCCUGCCUCCUUCCCAUUGACAUUCUGGAACGUGAGAACCAAACCGUUAUGCUGCUGUGGUGUCAUCAGUUUGGGGACAGCACAUGGAGGGGCACAUUGGUGGCAACCCUUUGGUGGCAACCUCGAGAGUGGCACAUUGGUGACAAACCUGCAGUCAUUUCUUUGGUGACAGCACUGAAGCCAUCACCAGUGACAGCACCUCAGGGGUGGCCCAUUGAUGGCAGCCCCUUGGUGACAAACCUGCAGCCAUUUCUUCGGUGACAGCACCUCAGGCGUGGCACAUUGGUGGCAGCCCCUUGGUGACACUCCUGCCACCACCCCCAGUGCCAAUGGUCCCUGGCCAUGCUGCGACUCCAUGUGGUCAGUGUCCACAUCCCCGGGGCCACUGGCUUUGGUCCCAGUGUCCAUCUGUCCGUCUGCUUCCGAGGUACCUCCAGGAGAACCCAGGUGGUACCUGAGGAGCGCAGCCCCACCUGGAAUGAGGAGCUGGUGUGGUCACUGGACGAGUGUCCCCUAAGCCCCACGGACACGCUGAGCCUGCGCCUCCAGCACUGGGACCACCCACUGCCCCGGGGGGACCUGGGUGGCACCACAGUGUCAUUGGACCAGUUGGUGGCCAACCCCAGCCUGCCGAUGGCCUGCAGGGAUGUCCUGCUUCUUGACCACUGGGAUAAGCCCACAGGGUGCACCAUCACCUUCCGCUGUUACUACACCCCCUGUGGCAAGGCUGGGAAUGCCACGGUCACCCCUCAGGGAUGGGUGGCACUGCUGGGGGCACUGGAGACACUUCAGAGCUCUGGAAGGGCCCCCGUGGAGAGGAAAGAGGAUUUCCAGGUUCGGGUGAGGAUCAUCCAGGCCCGGCAGCUCCAGGGCAACGAUAUCAGGCCGGUGGUGAAGGUGCUCAUAGGGAAGAGGCACUUCCGGACCCGGAGCCAGACAGGGAACAACCCCUAUUUCAAUGAGGUGUUCUGCCAAAAUUUCCACGAGACACCAGAGCAGUUGGUGGCACAGCCCAUCCGGAUCCAGGUGCUCCGUUCCCAAAACCUCUGCACCAAAGCUGUCAUUGGCACCUUUGAGCUCGACAUCGGCACUGUGUACUCUGCACCAGGGCGCACCCUGAGCUGGCAGUGGUUGAGCCUGCAACACCCACAGCACCAUGACAGCCACUCCCGGGGGUACCUGCAGGUCAGCCUGGCUGUGCGCCGGGCGGGGGAGAGAGUGCAGGAGCAGGAGGUGCCAUCGGGGGACGAGGACGUGAAAUCCAACCUGCUGCGCCCACCCCCGUGUGCUACCACGCUGCAGAUCCGCGUGUACUGUGCCCAGGACCUGCCACAGGUGGAGCCGGCGCGGCCAUGCCUGGGCGUCAGGAGGGGCUCGGGGAAGGUGGCAGUGCGGGUCAGCUUUGCUGGCAGGACGCUCUGCACCCGAGUGAUGCUCCCCAGUGCCAACCCCGAGUGGAACGAGGUCUUCUUCUUCCCACUGAGGCUGCCCCCCAUCUGUGAGGAGAUCCAGCUGGACCUUCUCCGGGGGUCAUGCCGGAGCAAAGUCCUGGGCACUGCCACCAUCCACCUGUCCCAGAUCUACCAAGACCCUGAGGAACUCCAGGGGGGGACCCCCGGCUUCCUACCCUGCUUUGGACCCGCCUUCCUGCCCCUGUAUGGUCCCCGGCCCGACUGUGCCCGGGACUUGGGGGUGGAUUAUCGGGGUCGGGUGCUCCUGGAGAUCUGCACCAGUGAGGGGACCCCAGACGAGCGGCAGAGAGACAUUGUGGCACCCGUGGAUGUGGAACGGGCACAGCAGCAGCUCCCACCCCGGUGCCAGUGGGGGCUCUGUGGGGUGUUUUACUCAGCCACGAUGGUCCCAGAGGGUCCUGAUCUGCUGGGAUUUGAGCUCGGGAUUGGACACGACUCCUCGGCCACCCCCCUGAGCCCCCCCGUGUUUGAUGGGAACCUGUACCACCACCUACCCUGGCACGGGGACAAACCUGUGGUGGCUGUCACCUCAUCCUGGGAGGACAAUUGUCGCCGCUGGGACACCCUGAACCUCCUGCGCACCCUGUGCCGGCGCCUGGAGAGGAACACGGCGGAGCUGCGGCGCUGCCGCGGGGACACCGCGAAGGACGUGGGGGUGAAGCUGCUCUGGGAGCUGGAGCAGGACUGCAAGCAGGCACUGGCCCAGCUGGAGGCACAACCCACACCCCUUACGGCUCUGGACGAGCAGCUCAGGAAUUCCCGGCGGCUUCUCCUUCGACAUUUGUGGAAUGUGGCCAAGGAGGCUCCAGUAAAGGCUGAGAAAUACGACUGGGACACACUGGUCUCGGGGGCUGAGAGGUGGCUCAGACGAGUGGCUGCCCUGGCAGUGGAGCCCCAGGCCGGUGUCCCCAACUUGGUGCUGUGGCUGCUGCAGGGGCAGCGCCGGGUGGGCUGUGCCCAUGUCCCUGUCACUGAUGUCACCUUCUCACCAAUCGGCCCUGACGCCUGCGGGCGGCUCUGUGGGAAGAUGCAGACCAUCUUCCUGGGAUCCGGGACUGUCCGUGCCCAGGUCCGUGUCCGGCUGUGGCUGUGCCGGGUGUGCGACAGCGGGGCCCUGCCCCAGCUCCUCGAGGGGUCCCUGCAAUUCCACACCGAGACCUACGAAAACCAGACACGGUUUCUGGGGAAAUGGGGGCCCUGGAAGCUGUUGGGGCGUCCCCCCUUCUCCGAUGGCAUGGGCAGGGAGGGGCUCCCUCCGGGAAAGAUCCAGCCCCCCAAGGGAUGGCGCUGGGAGGGGCCCUGGAACGUGGAGCUGCAGCCGAGGGAGAUGCUGGACACAGGCAGUGUGGUGUGUGAGAUGCUGCAGGAGCUGAACGGGAACCACAUCCAGAGGAGCUGCUCCAACGGGACCACCUCUGAUACCGACCCUGGAGCAGUGUCAGAGGACGAGCCCUGGCAGUCUGAGUGUUUCUGGCCCUGCCCCUUCCGUCCCAAACCCCCGGGGAGUGUCCUGGGGGGGGCCCUGUGCCGGCGGCGCCGCUGGCACCGCGGCUUGGUGCUCGCCCAGCCCACGGCCGUGGCACCCCUGUUCCUGCUGCAGGGAGUCCCAGACACGGAGGACACGCCCAAGGAGGACAAUCCAGCCGUGGCACUGCUGGAACCCUGGGGGUCACAGCCCUCCCUGGAGCAGCCCCUGCCCUUCAUUCUCUGUACCUUCCCCUGUCCCAGCCGCUUCCAGCUCCGCUGUUACCUCUUCCGGGCCCUGGAUCUGACCCCUGGCAUCUCCAAGACCUCUAUAGCCACCGCCGCCCACGUGUCAAUCAUGGAUCGGAGCCAACGCUCCCGGGUCGUGCGGGGUGUCCUGGACCCACUCUGGGAACAGACGCUGCUGCUCCACCCAGUGCUGCUGUUCGGGAACCCCCAAGGGGUUCGGGAGGACCCCCCAGCCGUAGUGGUGGAGGUGUUUGACCAGGCUGGGGAGGGUGCCGGUGUUUUUCUGGGGAGGUGUGUGUGCACCCCCGAGGUUUGGCUGGAUCUGGGACACCGGGAGCCCCCCUGGCUCCAGCCUCACCCCCUGCGCGGGCCGUGGGGCCCGGCCGGGGACCUGGUGGCUGCCUUUGAGCUGCUGCUCGAGCCCGAGGACGGGACCCUGGCAGUGCUCACACCCCCCCCGCUGAGGAAGGAUGUGCUUGGCAUUCCCCUGGGAAUCCGGCCACGGCUCCAGAGGGUGGCACUGGAGGUGCUGGCCUGGGGGCUGCGGGGGCUGCGCGGGGCUGUGAGGGAACCUAGGCUGGAGCUGCAGUGGGAGGACCAGACCCUGUCGACUCCUGUGAUCAAGGAUUUUGCCUCCAACCCCAAUUUCCCCACCACCACCUUCCUGCUGACCCUGGCCCUGCCAGAGGAGGAGCAGUUGGUGCCCCCCAUCCGGCUGCGGGUGUGGGACAGGGGGAACAGGAAGCUGGAGGUCCUGGUGGGACAGGGCUGCGUGCGGGGACUGGGCCAGUACCGCUGCAGGACCCCUGGCCUAGAGCAGCCCCCCCACCAGGAGCAGCCCCCUGGCCCUGGAGACACUGGGACUGGCUCCUAUACAGUCGUGUCCAUGCCAGACGAACCCCUUUCCCUGCUGGCCAUUUUCAGCCUCUGGAAAGGUUUAUGUUCCCACCUCCUCACCAGAGCCUGGGCCAGGAUCGCCCAGAUCCUGCUCAGCUGCCUUGGGAAGAAGGGGAAUGGCGACAAGGACAUGGAGGAGGAAGAGGAGGAGGUGGACUGGUGGAGCAAAUUCUACACGGCCUUGGAGGAUAAGGGAGAAAUCCCAUGGGGAACAAACAGGGACAGACUUAAGAUCUACGGCUGUGAGCUGGAGGCCGUGCCCGAGUUCCAGGGGCUGCAGGAUUUCUGCCAGACCUUCCCUCUCCACAAACCGGGUGGUCCCCCCAUGCCUGGGCAGGAUCCUGAGCCCGUGGGUGAGUUCAAGGGGCUGUUCUGUAUCUACCCCCUGCCCGAGGAGCCCAGGGUGCCCCCCUCACCCCAGCACUUCCAGCAGCUGCCCCCCAGCAAACCCCAGGAUUGCCUGGUGCGGGUCUACAUCGUCCGGGCCUUUGACCUGUCCCCCUGUGAUGUCACUGGACUGAGUGACCCCUAUGUCCGGGUGUCCCUGGGGAAGAGAACCCUGGGCCAGCGGGACCAGUACGUGCCCAACACCCUGGAGCCCGUGUUUGGCAGGAUGUUUGAGAUGACGGCCACCAUCCCCCUGGAGAAGGACCUGAAGGUGACGCUGCUGGACCGUGACCGGCUCCCCCCAGACCAGGAGAUCGGCAGCACCUCCAUCGACCUGGAGAACCGGCUGCUGUCCAACCACCGCGCCCACUGCGGGCUGCCCACCCUGCACCACACCGCGGGCCCCGCAGCCUGGAGGGAUCAGCUGUGCCCAAGCAGGACCCUGGAGCUCGUUGCUGUCACCCAGGGGCUGCCCACCCCUGAGUUCAGCCCCGAUGGAUUGGCUGUGACCUUCAACCACCGAACCUUCCUCCUCAGGCACUUUGGGGAGCGCCUGGCCCUGCACGUGCUCAACCUGUGCCCCUUUGUGCCUGAGCACCUGGAGACACGGUCCCUCUACAACAGUGCCCAGCCCGGCCUCGAGCAGGGCAAGCUGCAGAUGUGGGUUGACAUUUUCCCCUCCAACCUCGGACCCCCUGGGCCCCCUGUGAACAUCGACCCCCGCAAGGCUGAGAGGUAUGAGCUGCGUUGUGUGGUGUGGAAUGUGCGGGACACAGACUUGGGGGACACCAACCUGCUGGGGCAGCGCAUGAGUGACAUCUAUGUGACUGGGUGGCUGGACGGUCUCCCUGAGCAGCGGCAGCACACAGACAUCCACUACCGCUCCCAGGACGGACACGGUGCCUUCAAUUGGCGCUUCCUGUUCCCCUUCGAGUUCCUGGCGGCUGAGAAACUCUGUGUCAUCGGCCGCAGGGAGCACGUCUGGAGCCUGGACAAGACAGUGCUGAAGGUGCCACCCAAACUCAUCCUCCAAGUGUGGGACAAUGACAAGUUUAAAGCAGAUGAUCUUCUGGGCGUGCUGGAGCUGGACCUGACCAAGCUGCCCUACCCAGCUCUGACCCCCAGGCUGUGCAGGGGCAUGCCCUGGGAGCACCGUAGUGUCCCCUGGCCCUGGUGCAGGACCCCAGCCCUGGCCCCCUCCUCAAUCAACCUGUUCCGAAUGCGGCGGGCGCGGGGCUGGUGGCCCUGCACGAUGCAGGAGGAUGGCGCCCAGCGGCUCUCUGGGAAGCUGGAGCUGAGCUUGGAGCUGCUGACAGCCGAGGAGGCCGAGGAGCGGCCGGUGGGGAAAGGGCGGGAGGAGCCUAAUAACUACCCAACGCUGCCGGUGCCCAGGCGCUCCAAGUCCUCGUUCCUGUGGCUGCAAUCCCCGCUCCGCCUCCUGCGCUAUGGGAUCCGCUGGCGCUACUGUGGCUGGGCCGGGCUGGCAUUGGUGGCAGUCUUGCUCCUCUUCCUCAUGCACAUCUUCUUCCCGAGUUCUAUGACUGUUAAGAUGGUUGACCAACUCCGUGUCCUGCAUCCUGCUGGUGCAGAGCAUCCUAAAAUGGAGCAUCCCCCUGGCAGAGGGGCAAUGCCAGCCUGAGGAGCCCAGGAACCCCUCAACUUCCUCCUUCCCUGGCUGCCAACCCCUCCCUGAGCUCCUCUCUCUCUCCUUUUUGGAUUAUCCCACCAUGGAGUGGAUUGUCCUGCUCCAGAGGCUACAUCCUGAUGAGUAUUCUAGGAAUUAACAGAGUAAUG